UGACAUCAUGGCUGUCCCUGGUGGAACAUCGAACAACAACAUCGGGUUCAUACGGGCCUGGGAGCUACCGCAUAGAACAGUAAUAUUCAAGCUUUUUAGCACCUCCCUUUUCCAAAGGUCAAAGCUUUUGAUGCUUGCGACAUUACUGGGCUUUUUUCCUGCGACGCUCUUGUUUUCAAAACAGCUGAAAUGCCCACCGAAUCGGCCAACCCCGCGUCUGCAUCGAUUGCCCCUCCCAGCAUGUCGCCCGCUACCAAGGAAAUGCUUGCCCGCGUGCGGCAGAUGAUCCCGCCAAUGCUGGAGAAGUUCCAUAAGGGCCAGCUCGGUCGGGUGGGCGUCAUUGGCGGCAGUGAAGACUACACUGGCGCGCCGUACUUCUCGGCGAUGGCGAGUGCCCGGUUGGGGUGUGACAUGUCCCACGUAAUCUGCACUCCAACCGCGGCGACGGUGAUCAAGAGCUACUCCCCCAACCUGAUGGUCCACCCCUUGAUGCGCUCCUCGCCCUCGUCGCCAGGCAACCCGUCCUCCUCCUCCUCCGCCUCCGCCGCCUCCGCCUCCUCGGGAGACACGGACGCGACCGAGAUCGCGAACCGCAUCAUCCCGCUCCUCGACCGGCUGCACGUCCUCGUCGUCGGCCCGGGGCUCGGGCGCGACCCGCUGAUGCAGGACACGUGCGCGCGCGUGGUCCGCGCGGCGCGCGACAAGGGGAUGCCGAUGGUGCUGGACGCCGACGCGCUGCAGCUGGUCCAGCGCGACCCGUCGCUCGUGCGCGGGUACGGGCUCGCCGUGCUGACGCCCAACGUGGUCGAGUUCGGGCGGCUGACGGGCGCGCUCGGCGUCGACGACGACGACCAGGUCCGCGCCGCCGCCGCCGCCGCCGCCACCGCCCGGGGGGGGGAGGAGGAGGAGACGGCCAAGGUGGAGGCCCUCGCGCGCGCCCUGGGCGGCGUCAUGGUCCUCCAGAAGGGCCCCAAGGACCACCUCAGCGACGGCAACGUCACCUUCACCGUCGAUCUCGAGGGCGGCAGGAAGAGGAGCGGCGGACAGGGGGACACGCUGACGGGGAGCAUCGCUACCUUCCUCGCGUGGCGCAAGGCGUACCUGGACGGGAUCUGGGAGACGGGGGGGAGGCUGAAGGAGGAGGAGCUGGUCGGGCUGGCCGUGUUUGGGGGCAGCGCGAUCACGAGGGAGUGCUCACGCCUGGCCUUUGCUAAGAAGGGCCGCAGCCUGCAAGCCAGCGAUCUCACCGACGAGGUACACAUGGCCUUCCUGAACCUCUUUGGGGAGGUGGACGACGACAGUACCGGCGCGAGGCUCUGAUUGAGUGGCGGCUGCGCGGACUUGCCAACGAUCCCCCGUGUGGUUACUUCGCGGGGAUGCAGUCGACUCCUG